AAUAAUUAUAUUAAACAAAUAACUAAAUUAAGCUGACUAUUUUGCCUUUUUGGUUGAUUAGUUCGCAAAGGUCGCUUUGAUUCCCUCAGUAGGGAUCAUGAGGAGGCGUUUAGCCCAUAAAAGCAAGAGAGAAAUUUAAAUUAUUGCUUAAAAAUUAUAGCUAUUCUGACUAAAGAAUCAAAUAAUUAACAACAACUACAUGCUCCCUUUAUUAGAAUACCGGCCGAUUUCCCUUAUUGGUUGUAUGUAGAAACUUGUGGCUAAGCUAUUGGCUAACAGAAUGAGGAAGGUGAUGAAUUCCAUUAUUAGCCAAAACCAAUCAGCUUUCAUUGGUGGGAGGCAUAUUGCGGAUGGUAUUAUCAUAACAAAUGAGCUGAUUCAUGAUGCAAAAAGGAGAAAGAGGCCUACUUUAAUCUUCAAAGCAGAUUUUGAGAAGGCGUAUGACAGUGUUAACUGGAGUUUUCUUGACUGCAUGUUGCAGAAGUUGGGAUUUUGUGAAAAAUGGCAUUUAUGGAUCCAGGAAGGUUUAGCCUCUGCAACUACUUCAGUGCUGGUGAACGGGAGUCCUACUGAUGAGUUCAAAAUGUCAAAAGGUUUGCAGCAAGGCGACCCACUUGCUCCCUUCUUAUUCUUGGUAGUAGCUGAAGCUCUUAAUGGUGAUAAGCUGUCUGAUAUGGUUGAUUCGAUUAAUUGUGUGGUGGGCGAUAUCCCUUUUAAGUAUAUUGGAGUUCCUGUUGGUGCUAACCCUAGGAAGAUAUCUACUUGGGCUCCGGUUAUUGAAUGCUUAAGGAGGAAAUUGUCUUCUUGGCGAUGCGACUCUCUGUCCUUUGGUGGUCGUAUUAUUCUCCUAAAAGCUGUCCUUUCAAGCAUCCCGGUUUAUUACUUCUCAACACUAAAAGCACCCAAAAAGGUAAUUAAUCUAUUAUCAUUAAUUCAAAGGAGAUUCUUGUGGGGUGGUAGUGAGGAAAAUAAUAGGAUCUCUUGGGUUAGGUGGGACAGUGUUUACAAAAGCAAGGAUGAGGGGGGGUUAGGUGUUAAGAAUUUGGGUACCUUCAACGUAGCUUUACUAGGAAAGUGGAGAUGGAGAUUGCUAGAGGAAGAAAAUGCUCUUUGGAGGAGAGUACUAGAGGUCAAAUAUAAGGUGAAUAGAAUUAAUGAACGGAGGGGUGGCGAAUGGGAUGUGCAUGGUUCUAGUUGGUGGAAGGAGCUGUGGCGACUAGAUACAAUGGGGAUUGGCAGUGAAGGAUGGCUUAGUGAGAACAUUGAGAAAGUGGUUAGGGAUGGAUCAAAGACCUUGUUUUGGCAUGAUAAGUGGGUGGGGCCUAUUCCUUUAAAUAUUAGAUUUAAUAGAUUGUUUAGGAUAUCAGGGGACAAAGAUGCAUUAAUCUCUAACAUGGGGGAAUGGGAGGAUGGAGAAUGGAAAUGGAGAUGGAGAUGGAGGAGGAAUCUUUUGGCUUGGGAACUUGAGCUUUUGCGGGAACUCACAGACACAUUACAAGGAACAGCAUGGCUUGUUUGGUCCUCCUGCUACAAUUGGUGGGGUAUUGCUGUUCCUCAACACCAUGAAGGCUGGAACCAUUUGCAACAGCAUGUAGAACUUUUCUCUGAAGAAAAAUCAAAACAAGCAUGGCUUGUAACCUGUCUUUGGCCAAAUAUAUCAAAGGAUCUAUGGCUUUCAAACCCAAUUCAGGCAUGCAAGAGGGUGAUGACUGCUAAGGCUUAGAUUAUAGCAACCAUAUCUAAAGUUUUUGAUGAAUCAUCUAUAAGACUUGAUUUACUUUUGAUGUAAUGUAAGUAUUACUGUACAAUAUGGGUAGGAGUACCCCUUGUACUCCAUUAAAUUUAAAUCAUCACU